AGCGGCGCGGCCGCCAUGUUGCCGGUCACCGUCCGGCCCCGCCCGCGGCCACGGUCCCGGACCCCCUCCAAUCAGCGCGCGCGCCUGGCCCAGAUGGCCAAUCGCUCGCGCAGGGCGGGGCCCUGCGCCGAGCCGACAGAUAACUUGAGCCUGAGCCAAUCUGAAGUCCCAAUCCAAGACAGACAAAUCCAAGAGCCACUUGCAGAGCUCGGCCAGACCCGACACCGCCCCGGAAAAGGGGCGGGCACUGAAGCCUGGCCAAUCAAGAACCGCAGGGACGGUUGCGGGCGGAAGGCGCGCCUAUCGAGCCGCCGGACGCCGGAAGAGGACGGGCCCAAGAUGGCGGCGCCCAGAGGUGCCGGGAGGAACCGCUCAUGUCGGGGAACGGAGCGGUGUGGGGGCGCGUGCGAAGCCGCCUCCGCGCCUUCCCCGAGCGCCUCGCAGCCUGUGGGGCCGAGGCCAAGAAGAGCCCGAGGGGAGGCCUUUAGGAUGGACGAGCCCGCACGGCACUUCCGUCUGCUGCCCCAGGGAGCAGAGCCCGGCGGCGCCCACGGCCCCAAAGGGCAAACGGCGGAAACACCCGAAGCGCUCAGAGCCGAGAGGACUGGGGCAGGGGGCGAACUGGUGCUCCUGCGCCGCGCGUGUGAGGGUUCGGGUUAGCGUGAGACCCUGGGAAGCCACAAUAAAGAGCAGGCGGACCGCA